GAUGCUCGACCUCAAGGAUUUCAGAUCUUGAGAACCCUUCGGAGCCCCGAGUCGGUCCGUUGACAUCGCAGGCCGCGGUUGAAGAAUCGCGACUGCCUCGCGUAACGUGUCGUAUAUAUUAAAUACUUCCGUCCAAUACUAAUCCCGAUCAUUUUCCUCGCCGAUGAUAAAACGCGGAUCUACAAUGCGCCGCGAAGCGGUUUCGCCUUCGGUUUCGGUGAAAGUGAAAAUACAGUAAAGCAGUGUAGUUUAGGAACGGUUAACCCGAUGUUUCCGAAUAUCGCGAUCCUUUUAGAAGCCAAGAAACGAAGUUCACCACAAGUGUCUAAAGUACCUAUAAUAAUCGUGCGUGUGUGUUAACGUGUUGUUGUUGUUGCUGCUGAACAACGUGCCCGUAGUCCAAUAAGCUUGGGAAAUGUUCGAGUGACAGAGACUUCGCGGGACUUUUUAGAAGCGGGAAAGAAAAGCAAACGGCGAUAGAAUUUCGAAUUUUAGCGCCCUCGAGAUGAUGACCUUGAUGACAGACGUCGGUCAGUAUCCUUACGAGGCGGGGACCAGGUCCUCCUACGAAAGUUAUCACCAUCAUCGACAUCAUCAUCACUUCUACGCGACAACGUCCGACGCCGAGUACCUGCAACGAUACUCGAACGAUCGAGACGAUCAUCCGAGAGCCACAAGCGCCGAUGGGAGCUUGGCUUCGGCUGAAAGCAACGGUUCUGGACGUUGCUAUCAUCGAGAUCCUUUACGAUCGCAAUCUCGAUACACCCCAGACUCCGACGACGCUUCCUCGGUAAUAUCUGCGGAUGCGUCCGCGGAUUUGGAGUCGCCAUCGGCUGACGGCGAGGAGGCGGGGGACGGCGAAGCCGUCGAGCAUGUGCCGCACCCCCACGUCCUGGACACCGGAAGUCCUCACGGACCGCGAAGGUGUCUCUUGUGGGCGUGCAAGGCGUGCAAGAAGAAGACGGUGACGGUUGACCGAAGGAAAGCGGCGACGCUGCGGGAGCGAAGACGUCUGCGGAAGGUGAACGAAGCUUUCGAGGCUUUGAAACGACGGACGAGCAACAACCCGAACCAGCGUCUGCCGAAGGUCGAGAUCCUCAGAAACGCCAUCGAGUACAUCGAGAGCCUCGAAGCCCUUCUUCAAGGCAGCAUCACUCCCGGAUCCCAGGAUCAUCCUUCCGUCGAGAACAUGAACGGAGAAUCACCCCAGUACGUUACCGACAGGCUGCACCAGUUCUCAGAUCCCUUAGCGAGGUUUCAGCCAAUCAAUGGAUAUGAACAGACGGAAAAUACUCCCACCCAAAAUGCUGGCAGCAGUCUUGACUGCCUGAGCAUGAUCGUGCAGAGCAUCAGCGGCGCGCCGUCUUCGCCGCUCGAAAAUCAUCACCCGAUUCAUAAUUAGAAGCUACAUCCUUUAUUAACCCGAAUGCAAGAGCGGGAGAGAAUGGGAGAGAGCGAGAGAGAGAGAGAGAGAGAGAGAGAGAAAGCGUGUGUUUUGGAGGCGAGGAUCCCGGAUCCGCCAAUUGUUUGAAAUUCAGAUUUCACUUAUACAACUGCUCGAGUAUAACAAUUGUUAGAGAAAUAUUUUUUCAUCAAUUUAGAGUUUAUUGCUGCAAUUAAUUAACCAAGUUUGAAUUUUAAUUACGCACGAUAGUCCCCAGUAAAAUGGAGUUUCAAAUUGAAUGAGACUCGCGUAUUCCUGCAUCAAUUGCCGCGUCAAUAUAUAUAUAUAUAUAUGCACCAUGCAGCAAUAAAAUUCCAGCCGACUAGUUUAAUCAAAAUCAAAGUCUCUAAAUCAGGCUGCGAAUGAUCGAAUAAUGAUCGCGGAACCUGAUUAAUCGUAUAUAUGAGUAAGCAAACGGUAUAAAUGUUUAGGGAUACGUUUAUAUCCACUAUUGCAUAUAACUUGACCAAAGAUAUCCGAGUGUUGUACAACUGUGUAAAUUAAACGUUCAACAAUCGAGCUCGACGAAAACAUUUAAAUCCCGAACACUGGCACCGGCAUGUAAGAGAAAGUCGUUACAAAAAUAAUCAGAACGGACUAUACACGACGGCUUCGACGAUUGAUUGAUCAAAGCAAAUCGACGAGCUGAAAAUCGUAGACAUUAUAUGUACGAGUAUAAUGGGGCUUAGGAAUAAAAAAUUGGAAACACACUUUGAACCCACGUCUGCAACGUUGCGAAAACUGUUCACGUGUGUGUAUUUGUGACAUUCAAGUCACGGUCUGAAGGGUCAGUUUAACUUUUGAAUUAUUCGAAAUACAUGUUAUCGUGACUGUCGAAUUUACGAAAAUUCAAAGCCUCGUAGAGAUUUUCUAUUAAUUAAAUUACCGAAGUACACAGACUUUCUUAGAUUCGGCACAUUUGAUACGACACGUGAAACGUACUCUCGAUUCUCGUUUAAUUUUCUAAGCCUCUUCAAUUGCCUGUCAAUGACGUAGCGAAACUCGUCGAAUUAACGACAUCAAAAUCUCAAUUAAGUGCCUAAGAACCAAUUUUUAGCUGCAAUACGAGGCGACGAUUGGUUAUAUUUCUAUUAAGAAAAACAAAAAAACAAAAAACAAAAAAAAAAAAUGCCUCAACUACGUACUCACUAACAAAUAUAUAAUAAUAAUAAUAAUAAUACGACUUACAAUUGUAAAACAGUAUA